UCCUCCUCCCCCCCGCCGCCCCCGCCCCAACUUUUCUUCUUGCAUGAUUUCCCUCGCACGGAUUUGCCACUCGGAUGUUGUUUCCUCGGGAGCCGAGCUCGGAGCCACGUUGAACCAGCCUUUUCCUCCAGUGCUAUGACAGGCAAACUACUGGAGAAGCUGCCGGGGACCAUGAACACUUUGAUGAACCAAUUGCCUGACAAUCUGUACCCAGAGGAGAUCCCCAACUCUUUGAAUAUCUUCUCCAGCACCAGCGACUCGGUGGCUCACUACAACCAGAUGGCUGCAGAUAAUGUUAUGGACAUUGGCUUAGCGAACGAAAAGGCCGGUCAGGAAUUGUCCUCCUACUCGGGCACUUUUCAACCCGCCCCGGGCAACAAGACUGUCACCUACCUGGGGAAAUUCGCUUUUGACUCGCCCUCCAACUGGUGCCAGGACAACAUCAUCAGCCUGAUGAGCGCCGGCAUCCUGGGGGUGCCGCCGUCCUCGGGCGCGCUCACCAGCACGCAGAGCUCGGCGGGCAGCAUGGGGCCGCCGCAGGGCGAGGUGGACCAGAUGUACCCCGCGCUGCCGCCCUACUCCUCCUGCAGUGACCUCUACCCAGAGCCCGUCUCCUUCCACGACCCCCAGAGCAACCCCGGCCUCACCUACUCCCCCCAGGAUUACCAGGCGGCCAAGCCCGCCUUGGACAGCAACCUCUUCCCCAUGAUCCCAGACUAUAACCUCUACCACCACCCCAACGACAUGGGCACCAUCACGGAGCACAAACCCUUCCAGAGCUUGGACCCCAUCCGCGUCAACCCGCCCCCCAUCACCCCGCUGGAGACCAUCAAGGCCUUCAAGGACAAGCAGAUCCACCCGGGUUUUGGGGGGCUGCCGCAGCCGCCGCUCACGCUCAAGCCCAUCCGACCCCGCAAGUAUCCCAACCGGCCCAGCAAGACGCCGCUGCACGAGCGGCCCCACGCCUGCCCGGCCGAGGGCUGCGACCGCCGCUUCUCCCGCUCCGACGAGCUCACCCGUCACCUCCGCAUCCACACGGGCCACAAGCCCUUCCAGUGCCGCAUCUGCAUGCGGAGCUUCAGCCGCAGCGACCACCUCACCACCCACAUCCGCACCCACACCGGCGAGAAGCCCUUCGCCUGCGAGUUCUGCGGCCGCAAGUUCGCCCGCUCCGACGAGCGCAAGCGGCACGCCAAGAUCCACCUCAAGCAGAAGGAGAAGAAGGCCGAGAAGGGCUCGGGGGUGCAGCCCCCCGCCGCGCCCCCCGCCGCCACCGCCACCACCUCGCCGCCCGUCGCCCUCGCCCCCGCCGUCACCACGUGCGCUUGAGGGAUUGUGGGGGGCGGCGCGGUGGCACCCCUUCUCCUCCCCUUGCCCUCGGCACCGCUCCGGGGGGAACCCCACGGUGUUCAGGAUACCGGGCUUGCGCCGCGACGGGUCCGCUCUGCCCGCACCCGGAUUGAGCGGGUCCAGGCUGCCCGCACCUGGAUCCUGCCUGCACUUGGAUCGAUGGGACCCGCACCGCCCGCACCCGGAUUGCCCGGACUCUGCGCUGCCCGCGCUGGGAUUGCUCGCAGCACCCGGAUCCCGGCUGCCUGCUCCUGCACCUUCCACAUCCCGGCUGCUUCCACCUGCCCUGCCCGGGCCCGGGCCGCCAGCACUGCCCGGAUCCCGGCCGCCUGCUCCCGCACCUCCCGGAUCCCGCCCGGGGCCGGGCCGUCCGCACCCUCCUGGCCCGGCUCUCCCGGCUCCUGGAUUACUCGCACCGCCCGGAUCCCGGCUGGAUUGCCCCAUCCCGGCCCUCACCCGGCACCUCCCGGCUCGGGGCUGCCCGGGCGGCCGAUCCCGGGGAUGCUCCCGGCUGACCCGGAUCCCGGGGCUCGGUCCAGGGGGCUGCUCCAGGAUCUGCCCCCACCCCGGUCCCGUCCUGCCCGGCUGCCCCGGGGCUGCGCGCUCCAGGAUCCGUGAGGGGAUGGAUGGAUGGAUGGAUGGAUGGAUGGAUGGAUGGAUGGAUGGAUGGAUGGAUGGAUGGAUGGAUGGAUGGAUGGAUGGAUGGAUUGAUAAAGGAUGGAUGGAUGGAUGGAUGGAUGGAUGGAUGGAUGGAUGGAUGGAUGGAUAAAGGAUGGAUUGAUAAAGGAUGCAUGCAUGGAUGGAUGGAUGGAUGGAUGGAUGGAUGGAUGGAUGGAUAAAGGAUGGAUGGAUGGAUUGAUAAAGGAUGGAUGGAUGGAUGGAUGGAUGGAUGGAUGGAUGGAUGGAUGGACGGAUGGAGCUCAUCUGGCUCCUCUCCUCGCUGGGCCUGGAGCUCCCGCUGCCCUCCCCAGCCCCGUGUCCCCCCCGUGUCCCCAAGCACCGGCUCCCCGUGCUGGAGGUAAGAGGGCUCAGCCCCCCAAGCCAGGCUGGGGGGGCGGGGGGCGGCUCUGCGGGUCCCCCCAACUCUGGGGAGCGAUGUCCCGGCAGCAGCUUUUGGGUUCGUUUUCUUAUUUUUGGUUUCUUUUCCUUUUUAUUAUUAUUUUUUUUUUCUUUGUUUUCAGCAGAAGGGAAAUUCUUUACAGAAAUACAGGGAAAAAAAAAAAAGCACCCCAGUAUUUUGCUGAAUACUUUUUAUAAUGUGAGAUAUUUUUAUUUUAUUUUAUUUGGUCACUUUAAAACAACCACCCAACUAUGGAGGAGAAAAAUCAAUUAGUCCUCUAUUUUAUUAUUAUUAUUUUUUUCUUUCUCCUUCUGGUAUGUGCAUGUCAUUGCAUGACUGCUCUGAUUUUUUUCUUCUUUUGUUUUAAUAAAACUGUGCUCAGACAUUUAAGCUAAACUAAGCAAAAAUAAUAAUGACUUAAAAAGAAAAAAAAAUCUUUGUUGCCAAAAGGUCGUGCUAUCCAGGUUUGAUGUCUGCAUGUGAAAAAAAAAACACAAAAAAACACAUUAAAAACGUACAAAAAAUAAAGAGAAGAGGAAGAAUGCAGUCUAAUUUAUGUGAACUGAAAGGAACAAAAAAAAAAAACAAAAAAAAAAACAAACCACAAUCAGGUUUAACCACACAAACCUAAGGGAAUGAUAUUUUUUGAAAGACUUUUGUAUAAAGUUGAGUACUUAGAGAAAAAAAAAUCAUACCAGAUGUAAUAUAUUUUGUGGAUGUUUUUAUUUCUUGGAUUUAUAGUACCUUAUACUAAGGUUAAAAAAAAAUUAUGCUUGAUAUUGUGAAAAGGUGAUAAUUUUCACACACAUUUCAUUUGCUCAUUUGUCAUGUUGUAAUGCAAAUAUGAUAGUUAAUGCAUACAGCAUUUUUAAGGGAAAAAAUCAGAAAUAUUGAACUGAUGUAUUGUUGUACCAUUUGCACUGUGAGCAAAUGCUAAUGCAGUAAAUAUAUUGUGUUUGCUGACAAUCAAAA